CUCCAUAAACCUCCGUAUUUUCAAUACUGUGCCUUCUCUCCCUAACCUCGUGACCUAGAAUCCAUGGAUACCGCUAAGUGGGCUCGGGGCUCCGCUCUAGUCGUAUGCGUUCGCUUCUUCGCCUUCUCGAUGCUGUCAUCUGUUGCUUCUGCCAAGGAACUUUCUUUAGCUGUUGGGGACUCCAAUGCUACGUUGCAGCUACGUCCUGCCUUGCAAGUGCAGAACUCUCCAGGUUUGAAACCAACAGUUACAGCUGUUUUUGAAAGAGUCUACAUUCAUGGGCUGUCGAGGCUUCGAAACCUGAACAAGUUUGCCCAUUCAGUGAAGGUGAAGGUUUCACAGGUUAAAUCAAGUUCACUCAAACCGAAUGUGGAAAUCUGUCUCCAUAGGAACAUGUCUCUUGGAAUUGGGAUGUGCCCUCAGAGCCAGUGGGAGAAGGUUUCAAAGGGUUCAUGGAUUGAACCCAUGUCCCCUUUUGACCUCAAGGUCUUAGACAUAAGGAUGAUUAGUUCAUCAGCAGAAACCCUGGAAGUGUCCAUUAUAGAAGAAUUUUAUGUGUAUCGUGUUUUGUUUUUAAUCGUGGGCAUCCUAUUACUGAGCUCUGCAACCUUUCUGAGCAAAUCAUUAGCAUUCUACUACAGCAGUGCCAUGGCAGUUGGAGUUAUCCUUGUAGUACUACUGGUCCUUUUUCAGGGAAUGAAGCUACUCCCAACUGGUCGGAGGAGUUCGCUUGCCAUUUUUAUAUAUUCAUCUAUGGUUGGUUUAGGAUCUUUUCUUCUCCGCCAUCUGCCAAGUUUGUUGCAGUCAGUACUUGCAGAGAUAGGAAUUAGUGAAGACAUGUAUAACCCUUUGGCAAAUUUUUUGCUGGCUUUUAUCAUUCUAGCUGGAGCAUGGUUGGGUUUCUGGGCUGUUCGCAAACUUGUCUUGGCAGAAGAUGGAUCAGUUGACAUAAGCACAUCCAAUUUUGUUGCUUGGUCCAUACGGAUUUUUGCUGUCACUAUGAUUCUUCAGAGUUCUUCAGAUCCCCUCCUCACACUGGAGGCAUUAGUGUCUAGCAUAAUGGUUUCAAAAGUUUUGCAGAGAACAACUAGAUUGAGAUUCUUGCGUCGCCUGUACAAGAAGUUGUUCAAAUUUGUCAAAAACAUCUGGAGAAGUUCUGAGAUUCCUGAUUUUUCACUAUCUCAAGAUCCUUAUGAUGAAUACGUAUACAGGAUCCCGUAUGAAACUAAGUUCCCCCAGCAUCGGUUCAAACGUUCUAACCUGGCUUCAUGCAGUUCUCCUGUACAAGGUAUUACCACAACAUCAACUAGUCGUCUGUCAGAUAUGGACUCGUAUCCUUCAACCAUCCACGAGACUCCUGACAGGAGAAAAUUUACAAAGCAAGAGUUUGAGAAGUUCACACGAGAGUCCACAAAAAAGGCCGUUGAUGAACUUGUUUCUUCUCCUGAUUUCAGCAAAUGGGUUGCUGCUAAUGCGGAUAGAAUCACGGUAACAUCCGGAAAAAGCCCUGCUAGCAUUUCCGGUCAGCCUCAUCGGUGGCUUCUGUGGUUCUAAGCAAGGUUAAUUCUCCAAUGUAUUGUGUACCAGCAAAAAUUCAGACAUUAGUCACAGAACGAACUCAGGUUCAAAUGAUCGUUGGUAAGCAGUGGAAUAUCAAGGAUGGAAUUUGGAGCGUGUGAAUAUCAGCAAUUUCAGAUGAAACCAAAAGCAUGCUUGUAAACGUAGAUUAACCCUUUCCAGGUUUAGGAAGGAUUGUAGGAACGCGGAUGAUGUCAUUGUUGUAUUGUAUCAUGAUAUUGUGUCUACUCAGUUCUUCGUUCAAUCUUUCAGC